AAACCAAAAAUUGGGGGAAAAUCUGAUGCACUAGUCGGAUGGUCCGAGUGAAUAUAUGAAGGUGUAAUAAAAAGGCAUCAACAAAUCUAAUUCACAACCCAAAAAGGCUUCAGAGUUGCAGAGCGACACCCCCGAACAACCCCCAAAUUAUCCUCACCGGAAUUUCAUGUCCAUCUUGCCCUCAUCGAAUUCAACCGAUUCUUCAGCCUCUAAUCUUCAAUUUACGAACCCUAAUUCUUCUGACAAUGGAGCUCAACAACACCUUUUUCAAUUUUCAAACUCCGACCAUGCCCCCUUCCAAUCCCUCCACAUCUCCGACCACCUCUCCGUCGGAGAACGCCACGUGGCAGGAUCAGUGGCUCAAACUGCACAACAUUCUGGUGGAUCUUCCAAAAAGAUGAAUGAAGCAAGGAAACUGUAUGGUAAAAAGGGUUAUGCUCACCAUACUGCUGGGACAAGUUUUCAGCGUCCAAAUACUGGUCACACGGGGGCCGCUUCUCCUCAACACAGAGGAAAGUAUGAGGCUAUGGGUUCUGCUGGCAGCCAGCAGCCUUCUGUGUCUACACCUUCAUCUGGAAGAAAGGGUCAAAUGGUUAAUGGGAACCACUUGCUGAAUUUUCAUUACGAUCCUAUUUCUCGUUCUCGAUCAAGGGAUUCACCUAUACCUCCAAGAAAACAGCAAAAGAGAAGGCCAUACAACAAGGAUUUGUUCCUUCAAGCAAAUUACAAGUUUGUUCUCUUAGAUUCUGGAAACUAUGCACCUGAGACAAUGGAUCCAGAUAAAGCUCUGCACUGGGAGGAUAUUAUAUGUGUGAAGUAUUCUACCCCUCUUCCUGUCCAUUGCCCAAUAUGUCUAGAAGAUCCCUUAUGUCCACAGAUAACCUCGUGUGGACAUAUCUUUUGUUUUCCAUGUAUCUUAAGGUAUUUAGCGGGUGAAGAUGAUUUUAAAGUUGAAUGCUCCAAAAAAUGCCCUCUGUGUUUCAUGGUAAUAUCAGUCAAGGAUUUGUACACCAUCUACAUUGAAAAUGUGAAGCAGUAUCGUCUUGGUGAUGUUAUAGAGUUUAUGCUUCUUACGCGUCAAAAGGAUUCAUUUACUCUAGCUCUCAAGAAUAAACAAGGGAUGUGUAGUGUUGAGGAAGUUAACGAUUCCUUUUCAAAGUUUACUUUCACUUCAGAUGUUGACCUCUCAGUUAGAGAAGUUAUAUCCGAGCUUGAUAAUUGGCUAGCUAGAGCAGAUUCCAAUCUUGUUGAUGACAUGUCAAUGCUUCCAUAUGUUUGUGCUGCAAGGGAACAACUAGAGCAAAGGAAGGCAAAUUGGAAUGAGCAUCAAGCUGGUAACGGUGAUGACAUGUCAGGAAACAGUACUGGGCAUACAAGUUCUCCAUUAGCAAAGAAUUCUACAGUGGGAAUAGUUUCUUCUAGUGUCAAUGAUAAGCCAACAGGUUCUGGGAUCCCAAGUUACAGUUUAAAAGAUGGAAAGUCUACUAUGGCUCAAGUCAGUGAUGCGAUUGGAUCACCUGAAGUUUGCGAUGAAUCUUUAUCUUCAUCAUUUAAUGACGACAAAAGUGUGCAGAUGCAAGGAAAUGACUUCAGGGAUAAAAAGGAAAAUGACUCGUACAAUUUUUAUCAGGCAGUUGAUGGUCAGCACCUCAUCCUUCAUCCAAUAAACUUAAAGUGUCUUCUACACCACUAUGGGAGCUACGACAGGCUUCCGCACAGAAUUCAUGGAAAGAUUGUACAGUUGGAGACUGUGACACAAUCAGAGGCAAUGAGGAAGCGCUAUCGUUAUUUGAGCCAUUUUUCUUUAACUACAACAUUUCAGCUUUGUGAGAUUGAUCUCAGUGACAGUCUACCUCUUGAUGCCUUUUCUCCAUUCAUUGAUGAAAUAAAAAAUAGAGAAAAGCAGCGGAAGCGGGUCGCUAGGAAGGAGCAAGAGGAGAAAAUAAAGGCUGAAGUUGCUGCUGCAACAGAAUUUUUGACUAUGCCGUAUAACUUUGCACAACCUUCUCAUGAUUUCUCCCCUAACUUCUCCAUGGAUGACUUUGAAGCGUUAGGAAGCUCUGCUGUGGUGUCAGUGAGCCCUCCUGUAGGUGAAAGGCCUCUGUUCUCAAACGUCACAAGACUAGGUUUUGCUGCAGCACAUGAUUCUCCAGCCUUGAAAUUUGAGGAACCCAGCAGUCUUACCCGAACAGAUGUUGCCACUAAUUCUAGUCCAAGUGGUACACAAUCAUUUGCCAAUGUAAUAUCAAGAGCAAAGCCUGUUGAAUCCAAGAUUAGUGAGACAGGAAAGAGAGGAAAAAAGCCGAGCCGAGUCCUCCUUUCAACAGCCGGUGGUCGACGCUAUUAAGUUUCAAGAUUUAAAUGUUCCGCAAAUACUUAGCUUUAAACAUGGAAUGAAUAAUGCUGGAUUUUUAAGUGAUGAGCAUCGAACAAUGAAUUGUAUAUGUGUUGUUCUUUCUAUGUUUUCAAAGUGUUGUCUUGUCCGAUGAAGAUCAGUGGUUAUCAUAUACAGUAUAUGCUAAUUUUCUUUUGAUUGCA